AUGUCUGCAGACAGAAAGAUAUUUGUGUUUGACCUAAACGGAACACUCUUAACAAGAGUAAAAGAGAACAAGGGAGAAAUUCUGAAUUUAAUGGAACCAGAUGGAAUUAUUCCAGGAAUGGGGGAUCUUAUAUACGUAAGACCCCAUUUAGACAAAUUAAUAGAGUACUUGCACAGCAAUGCCAUUGAGUAUGUUUUAUGGACAACUGCCAUGGAGCAUAAUGGAAUACAUUUAAUGAAUGCUGUUGAAAAGAAAGGAAUGACAAAAUCUCUUUAUAAAUUAUAUCAUGCACACUCUACAAAAAUAGAAGGACAUCCAUUUAAAAGAGGAAAGGAUUUAAGCGUUAUUUCAAAUCUAGUGGGUGUGCCAGUAAAUAAUAUAUUUUUAAUCGAUGACGAGGUUAUUAAGUGCAUACCGUCAUCUUCGCACAUCCCAAUAGAAGAAUAUAAUAUAUUAAAGUCGAAACAAGACGCCGCUCUUAUUAAAAUAAUAGAAGUAAUUAAAUCGCAUAUGAAAUAA